AGACCAGAAUAGUUACUCUUGGUAGUGCUUCUCUUUGAGCCAGGCUGCAUUUCUGUACUGUGGAACUGUUCUGAUACAGUUUUUCCCUUUAAUGACAGAAUGGAUGCGGUCAUGAAACUGGAGAGGAGGGAGAGGAGAUGAGAACCUCCACAGUUUCUUACUAGCAUCAUGUUCAAUUUAAAACUACAUGGUGGUGCUAAUGAUGGUUGGGAAGUGUUUACUUUCUCUCUAACCAUUUAAUUGAAGCAGAUACAACUUCAACUGUUUCAGUUAGGUUUGGAAUCUAAUUGCUUUCUUCCAAUUCUUUUGAAGCUGCCUUUUCUGAGGACUUUCAUCUUGCUAAUUCAGUUAUUUUAAUUCUCUGAAUCAAAUUGCUGAACUUGUUACUGAUGCUACUUCUCAUAGAUGGCUGCAUUCAGAAAAACGUUUUGCUUAUGCCAUUUUUCACAGGCCUAAGUAAAAUAUGCUUUGAAGAUUGAGUGUUUAAAAAUGGGCAUAAAAUAGUUAAAUGUCUGUUAUUUCAUACUGAUUUUUACAAUAGAGUAUACUUCCAACAUCAAAACUGGAAUUAAUAUAGAAUGUAUAGGCAUUUAGGUACAAUUCCAAUGUACCUUAGUUUAUCAGCAUUUUUUCUUUGCAGUUUCUAUUUGGAAAUGUAUUUGGGUGUCCCCCUCACCAAUCAGCAGUAAACAUGCUCAGGAAGAGACAAUUUUGAUCACUCAAGCUGCCUUCAGUUUUUCCAGGAAAUGUUUUCAAGUGGUUUGCGGGUGAUACGUGUGCGAGUGCUUCAAGUUUCUCCUACAAGAUGUGUUCCACAAAUCCAGCAAAUUGGGUCACCUUCGAUGACGAGCCACUCUUCCAGUCGCCUCAGAAAUCAGUUGAUAAUCAGAGUAGUUGUAAAGCAAAUGGCCUGAAACUUAAUCUGUCUAGCGUGCAUGAAUCUUCAAGUAGGUCAUCUUCUACAGGCAGCACUCCACUGUCGUCUCCUGUAGUUGACUUCUACCUAAGUCCUGGACCCCCCAGCAACUCUCCACUUACUACACCUACCAGAGACUACCCAGGAAGUCCAUGCAUCUCAAAGCCUGGGAUUCACAUCCUUUAUCCCAUCCCUGAAUGGCCAUCAAACGUUAACCUUCUUCCAUCACCCGGGAUUUGCUCAUCCCUAACCUCACAGAAACCGAGCAGCCUUCCUUUGAACACCCUGCCUAAUGACCACCCAGUUAAGACUUCAGCCUCCAAAUCAACAGACUUAGGAUGCUGCGAGGCAUUAGGAGAGUUGUCGUUGGCACCCGGGCGCUUCCCAUACUUCCAGAGCGACUGUGCUUUUUCCAGUCCCUUUUGGAAGGAAGGAUGCUCGCUCAGCACGCCACCAGCUAAUGUUAGCACGCACAGGAAGGACAAAGCGCUCGACAAGAGCGUCUGUCAUCCUAAAGACAAAGAACCUUGCCAUGAUCAGAAAAGCCUUAACCAGGGCUCCUUCAACUACAUCUGCGAGAGGCUCGAACACCUGCAAGCUGAUAGCUGCGACGCCGUGGGAAGCCCACCCGUCUCCAGCGCUCACGCAUGGCACAAGCUCUCCCCCGCCGUCCCACGCAGCCUCUUCAGGAGCAGGAAAGCGGAUGGGUGGCCAUUCAUGCUGAGGAUUCCCGAAAAGAAGAACAUGAUGUCGUCUCGGCAAUGGGGCCCUAUUUACCUUAGCGUCCUAGCCGGAGGUGUGUUGCAGAUGUAUUAUGAAAAGGGCCUGGAGAAACCUUUCAAGGAAUUCCAGCUGCACCCACACUGUAAGCUGUCUGAACCCAAAUUAGAGAGCUAUAAUGUCUCAGGGAAAAUCCAUACCGUGAAGAUCGAGUGCGUGUCUUACACAGAGAAAAGGAGGUACCAUCCCAAAGUAGAAGUGAUCCAUGAGCCGGAGGUUGAGCAGAUGUUAAAGCUGGGCACCACAGAUUAUAAUGACUUCACCGAUUUCCUCGUCACGGUCGAGGAAGAGCUUAUGAAACUUCCUGCCAUUUCUAGACAAAAGAGGAAUUAUGAAGAGCAAGAAAUGACUCUGGAAAUAGUGGAUAACUUUUGGGGGAAAGUCACUAAGGCAGAAGGAAAACUCGUAGAAAGUGCCGUCAUCACGCACAUUUACUGCUUGUGUUUUGUGAACGGAAGUGCCGACUGCUUUCUAACCCUGAAUGACCUGGAGCUCCAGAAGAGGGACGAGCGUUACUUCGAGAAGGAGGAGGAGAAGAAGUGGAUCGAUAUUCUUGAUUUCCAUUUCCAUAAUUGUGUCAAAGCGCAGGAAUUUGAGCAAUCGCGAAUUAUUAAGUUUAUUCCCCCGGACGCCUACAGGCUGGAACUGAUGCGUUUCAGGACACGGUAUAAUGGGCAAGACCUUCCCUUUUCUGUGAAGGCUGCGGUAGUGGUUCAGGGGGCAUACGUUGAACUUCAGGCUUUUAUAAACAUGUCUUCAACUGCUCCGAUCCCAGCGCGUUUACCUUCUGUGAAAUACUGUGAAAACGUUAUGAUACGCUUUCCUGUUCCCACGCAGUGGGUCAAAGCACUUUGGACCAUGAACCUGCAAAGGCAGAAGUCCCUCAAAGCAAAAAUGAAUAGGAGAGCGUGCCUUGGCUCUUCACAUGAGGUUGAAUCUGAUCCCGUAAUACAAGUCUCGGUUGGAACAGCAAAAUACGAGAGUGCCUACAGGGCUGUCGUGUGGAAGAUAGACAGGCUGCCAGAUAAAAACUCAAGUUCAGAUCAUCCGCACAGCCUGUCUUACAAACUGGAACUCGGAUCAGACCAGGAAAUCCCGUCUGACUGGUAUCCAUUUGCUACUGUCCAGUUUGUCGUUCACGAUACCUGUGCCUCGAGAACAGAAGUCAAGUCACUGGGCAUAGAGAGCGACCUGCAGCCCCAGAAACACGUGGUUCAGAAAGCUUUUUACAAUUGCCAGGUUGAAAUUGAAAAGAAGUGGAUUAGGCUUGAUGGAGAAGAUCCAGAUAAGGCAGGCAACUGCCUAAUGCAGUAAAAGAGGACAGGAGGCACCGUCAUAGGAUAUUAGUAGGAAUCAAUUUACAUAGGAAAUUCUAUUGUUAGAAGCAGCGCAGUGACCUAGUUUAGGAUAAACACGGUCAUUGUAUUUUUUUUUAACUUUUUUUAGUGCUUUUGGGUUUGAUUCUGCAAAUCAGUACUGGUUUGAUUGGCCUGCGUUCAAGUAAACUUCCUGUCAUGGGAAUAGUGGUAUGAGUAAGGUCUCUUUACAAAGAGUUGCAGGAUGUGAGCACUUAAUUGACUGAUUGUAAUAUAUUAUUUUCCUGUUGCUUAUCUAUGACUUGGGAAUGAUCUCAUACUCCAUAUUGAAACCUAAUGGCACUACUCAAAGAGUUCAUGUCACUUGGAUAUAUAAUAUUCAGCAAUAAAAACUGCCAGAGCGCUUACGUGCAGACCAGCAUCUGUGUAAGGUCCAGCAGGAGCAAUUACAUUUUUCAGUGGUGUUUGAAAACCAAAGUCCCCCGUGUUUCUGCUCCCCUCGAUACACGUGAACAGAACGAGCCGUAAUAUCAUUCUCGACAAGAGCCUCAAUUAAUGAAUUGGAAACUGGGUGAUUUCAGUGGUAAAAUGGGAAAAGUUCCUCCGCAAUAAUAUUCUUCAUAUUUCUGUGGCUUGUGAGCGUUUCCUCCCCAGCACUUUAGAGGUUCGCUCAAAGUAAUCUCUUGGGCAAAAAAACCAUAUGGCAGAUGUGAUUGAAAUUUCUGCGCCAGCAUUAGACAAAUCUUUUUCACUACUGCAGCAAGCAAGACGAGGGGCGGAUCCUCAGCAAGCGUAAGUCAGUCCAGGCCCAUUUCAUUUGAUGAAGCUUUGAGAAUUUACACCAGCAGAGGCUUCUCCCCACAAACCAAAGAAAUGGCUGGUUGCUACCAUUUGCUCUGGGUCUCCUGUAGGAUGCGAGUUCCAGGUGUUGGUUUGGAAACUGCAGGAGCUGUUGCUUUGAGUAACUUUUAAGGUGAUUUUCCAUGCCUGGGAAGGGAGGUGUUUUCAUGCUCCUGGAAGGCGUUUUCUGUGGGGAAACAGUGCAGGAACGGACUAUUGCAAGGGGAGUGAAGCUGUGACGCUUUGGUAGGCCGCUUAAGCUACUAGUCCCGUAUCAAUGUGUUAACUGUGUUUUCAACAAAUUAUUGGCAUUUAGGGAAAGGUUUUAAUGCUUCCCCUCAGCCAUUGUCCCCUUUGUCAUUUUCUGCAGGCUGUAAUUCCAGGUCUGAAAAAAUCUGAUAAAUUAAAAAAUGCUCCUGAUGAUACAUUUUUUUUCUGUAGUUUUCCUAAAAUUAUCCUUACUUUAAACUGAAAUUAGUGGAGAACAAAAAUAUAGUAAUGCACUAAGUCUCACUUUAUAUUUUGUCACAGCUUGUAACUGUUUAUAUGAACACUGUGUAAAAAUACAGAUAAAUGUUAUUCCCCAAAAGUAGAAAUAUGUGGGAUAUGCACUGAGAAAAUUACCAGUCUGAGGAAACAGAAGGCCAUAAUAUGAACCUAGUUCAUCACAAUAAACUUUUCCCCCCCAUUUGGAAGCUGAGAACAAAAUGGGUAAUAGAUUCUAUAGCAAGUCCUGAGGGCAGGUUUUUUAUGGGUAUUGCAUUGCCAGAGCCCCAAAUAGACUAUUAUGGUAUUUUGGCUUCUCUAUAUAUCCCUUUUUAUUAGCAGAUUAUAUUAUUAUAAAUCUAAGCAAGCAUUUGAGUAUAGUAGUGAUCCAAAUAUGUCUCAGCUGUUGCAUCCACCAUCCGUGUUUUGACUUGAGAAGCCAUUAGCACCUUCAAGUCAUGUUGGGUUUGUUUUAUUCAUAUUUAAUUUCAGUUUAUGGAGUUCUCAGCUGAACUAAGGGGCACAGCGUACGCUAGGGCAAAGCAUUUAUACUUAGCAUCACGGCAGAGCUCUACAAUUCGCUGAAGUCUGUGGUUAUACUAGAGCUACGAUAUCUAUUAACCUCUCUGCUCGGCAAGGUAGAGGAAGCGAAAUAUGUGUUGCAGAUACCUGCACUGACCUUUGUCUGAGGCUGACUUGUUUUGAUUGACAUUCAUUCAGUAAACCUGUUAGCAGUGGUUAUUGCCCAAAGCCUGUCUUGCCCAGCUGGCCCCAUUUUUCUGGUUUUAAGGGGACAGCUGGGCUGUUCUGGGACUCUUUUCGCCUUAGGAUCCCCGUUCGCAGCGCUCAUUUCCUGGGCAUUCGGUACCUGGUGGUGUUACGGAUCCUGCAGAAGCAACGGCUGCUUUUCCUCUGUUAGGUGUCUGCUGUAUCUCGGCAUGCGUUUAAGAAGCCCGUGAAGCCCUCAGGAUACGAGCUAUUGUUUUCAAUGGCCUAAGUGAUGAACAACCACGUUACAAGUCAUCAUUCCUGCUAGCGAGUCUGUAUCAUAUCUGGUAUGAUGCAAAUGGUCGUUCGAGCCUUACUGAACUCGUUAACGUAAAAAGGUCAAGCUACAGCUUUAUCGAUGUGGCAGACUCUUGGGUUUCCAUCUGAGGCCUGCAAGACUCGCCAUUAACUUUAAUCGGAAUUGGAUCAGGAUCACAGGGAAUUCGUUCCACAGAAAUAUUGCCGUGCUGAAAGAAAGGUACUCUGCUCAACGUAUGGCUUUCAGUUUAAAGCUGACAAUUAGAGCAGCCUAAGGCUGAAUAAUUACCCUGUUCAGUCUCACGCUGAUGUUUGUAUGCCUUGCUGUCAGAAUACUUAAAAAUAGGCUGCAAUUUAAUGAAAGAAAGUUCGGGUUGUCUGACUUUUUUUUUCCCCUCCAUCAAAUUCUAACUUCCUAUUCUAUUGCAACAUGCCAAAGCAGAAACACCCUGGCUUCCCCUUUCUAAUGUAUCUUCUGCACUGUCUGAUGUCCUUUGAGUAUGACCUACUGAACAAAUAUUCUCAAUGUUUAAGACUCAUUUGCCGGCAUUUUCUAUGAAGGCCACGGCAGGCGAUAGCGAGUAAACAUACUGGUUUUGAUCCUUUAGAAAUUUGGGCUACAGGUACUCUAACUGAAUUUUGGGAGGGGAAUGGAGAUGAGGAACAGUUGCUAUAAGCUGUUGUGAUGCUCAGUGCCCAGCUAGCAGAAGGACCGGAGCUUUAAAUAACCCAUGAGGUACACUGGCAUCGUGCGAGGAACCAGGUUUCACACGUAUCUGAUCUCUGCUUGCCCGCAGCUAGCGCCUGCAGUCACUGAAAUGCUUCCGACUGUGUGGGUCACUUCAGAUGCUGGCACUUGGCUAACAUUUACUACAGGGCGGUAUUUAGGUAUUAACUGUGUUUCCUUCAUAAAGGACCAGCAGGGUUUGGGAUAUUCUCUAUUUUAAACAGAAAUCAAUGGGAACAGCUAUUUUUAUGGUGUGUUUGCCUUUUUAACAAAAUGUAUUUGCUGAAACUGACAAACUUUAUCUUUGCGUUCAUCUUUCUCAUACUAAUUGUAUUACUGUAGGUAAAUGGUACUUGAUGUAAUUUUGGAUUCAAACACUCAUUGAAGUCAAUGGAAGUCUUUUAACUGACAAAAUGGGAUGUGCAUCAAAGUCUCUAAGAAUAAAGGAGAAGCAAAAAAAACAAAAAAAAGAAGAAAGGAAUAGUGGUAAUGGGCAGAAAAAAACCCACUGUAGAAGAUUCUUGAUGCUAGUAAGCAAGCAACCUGCAAUGCUUGCUCUUUCCGACCAGAAAAGAGCACAAAAGAGAGGAAAAGAGGCAUAAUUGCUGGUCAAAGCUGAAGCUUUGCAGUGAUUGGGAACCAUGGUCCGGCUGCCCCUGUGUAGCAGCUCUCGAGAAAUGAGGAGGAUGGUGCACUCCAUUGAACACGAUGCCAAGCUGCUGUCAUCCGUAUGCUCCUUGCUUUUUUUCCCUCCAGAUUCCAUAUUAAUUGUCCAAAAGUACUUUACACCUGAAAACAUGUUUUCAGGUGUUGCUUUUAGUUGCAUUUAUUUUACUUGACAGACUCCUUAGCUGCAGUAUUGGUGUCCACACCUCUAUUUUACAUUUAUUUGUCUUUUUGUUGACUAAACACAGUAACUUACUGCUGCAGUUAGUAGUUCUUAGCUGUAAUUUUGAUAACUCCGAAGCAGUGCUGUUAUUCUUAAUGGCAAAUAUAAUUUUAUUUGGGUCUUUUGUCAGUAUAAGUAUAAACAGAUCAUGCUGGUAAUCUUGUAAUAACAUUUUGUAGAUUGCAUAUUGAUUAAAAAAAUAAAGUUGUAU